CUGUGAGAGUUAUUUCGAACUCGACUCAGGAGUUAUCUGUUGUACAAUUUAGCAAAUUAUUUCAAGAUGUCUGGACGCGGAAAAGGCAAAGCCAAGGGAACAAAAUCCAAGAGCCGUUCAUCCCGAGCCGGACUUCAAUUUCCCGUCGGAAGAAUCCACCGUCUUUUGAGAAAAGGUAACUACGCCGAACGAGUUGGAGCUGGUGCACCGGUGUACCUUGCUGCCGUCCUUGAGUACUUGUCCGCCGAAAUCUUGGAAUUGGCGGGCAAUGCGGCACGAGACAACAAAAAAUCAAGAAUCAUUCCUCGCCACCUUCAACUCGCAGUACGUAACGACGAAGAACUCAACAAACUCCUGGCUGGAGUCACCAUCGCUCAAGGUGGCGUCCUGCCAAACAUCCAAGCUGUGCUAUUGCCUAAGAAGGCCGAUAAGAAAGCUGGAAAGACCUCCUCACAGAGCCAGGAGUAUUAAAUCUCCUCGAAUUCAACAAACAACGGCUCCAUUAGGAGCCAUCAGCUCCAGCGAAAGUCUUGUUCAACGUGACUCUAAAGCUUACUGUUACUUUGGCGCCAAAAUUGUCAAGAUACCGUUUGGAAUGAACUGAACUGUUUAGUUUCAAAUGUACGUAGAGGUCGUAAAAGCUGGAGUUCGCUAACUUUACUUUCUUUAAAAAAGUUUUAGUUAUACCAUCAGAUACAGUCAUUUUGCUGCUUCUGAAGAUUCUUACAUAAUGUAAAUAUCUUAAAAUAGUGCAUACAGCGUUGUAUUUGUUUUCUAUCGUCGUUUUAGAAUUUGAGAUUUUAUUUUGAAGUGACAUUAAACGAUUAAAAUGACAGUCAUUAUUCAAACAA